CGCGGCGUCAACAGACAAAAGAGCCCACUCACGAAACAAACUCACGAAAUGAGGGCUUCCUGCUGCUGAAAAGCCCCACGCCGGGAAGUAGGCGGAGGAGACGGCCCCAGAACGCACAUUGCAGCAGACCGCAGAACAUGCUUGACUGGAAUUAACGUCUUGCCUCCGAGUACAUCAGUCCCACUCCACCCUUGCGCUGGCGGGCUGCAGGCGGCAGCUCCGUGGACCGGCGGCGUUGAGGUCACACUGACGGACGACACGCGACGGAGGCGGCGUGGGGGGAGAAGACGUUGAUGCGGUGCUACCGGACCAAGCUGUCGGCGUGGACCGCUGUGUUCGUGCUUGUGCUGUGCUGGUUCUACGUGUACCCGGUGUACAAAGUCCCCCGUGAUAAGGACAUCGUGGACGAGGUGCUGAGGCAGGGGGAUGUCUGGAAGAAGAACCAGACGGGCAUUGACUUGUACAGGAAGAUGUUGCGGGACUGCUGUGAUCCCCGGAGGCAGUUUGCACUAACUAAGGAGAUCGCGGCGGUGGGCAAGGUGCUGUGGUACGACGGCGAGUUUUACUACUGGCACACGGUCAACAAUGAGACGCACUCGCUGAUUGUGCAGGCCAACCCUCUGCAACUGCCUCUGAAGAAGUGUGCGGUGGUGGGAAACGGCGGCAUCCUCAGGCACAGCCAAUGCGGACGUGACAUCGACCAGGCCGACUUCAUCAUGAGGUGUAACCUUCCACCACUUUCCGAGAAAUACGUGAAGGAUGUGGGCACCAAAACCCACUUUGUGACGGCCAACCCCAGCAUCAUUGAGAAGAGAUUCCAGAACCUCUUGUGGUCCAGAAAGGCGUUUGUCGACAGCAUGAAGGUCUACGGUUCCAGCUACAUGUACAUGCCGGCCUUCUCCACGACGCCCGGCACGGUCCCGUCGUUGCGGGCCGCCUACGCCCUGGCAGACUCCUCGUCCAACAUCACCAUGCUCUUCGCCAACCCGGCCUUUCUGGGCAGCGUGGGCCAAUUCUGGAAGGCCCGCAACGUGCACGCCAGGCGUCUCAGCACUGGGCUCUUCGUGGUCAGCCUGGCGCUGGGGCUGUGCGAGGAGGUGACUGUGUACGGCUUCUGGCCCUUCUCGGUGGACCUCGCCGAGCAGCCCAUCAGCCACCACUACUACGACGACAUGAAGCAUAACAGCUGGUUCCACGCCAUGCCCGAGGAGUUUGUGCAGCUGUGGAAGCUGCACAAGAGCGGAACGCUGCGCAUGAGGCUGGGACACUGCCCCCAACAGGAGCAGAGGAGUUAGGGCACAGCGUGGGAACCUCCUUACUUAAUGCCAACAUCAAAUAUUCAUACAUUUACGUAUUAUGUCUCCAUCCGAGCCUCUUGGGAUUCAUGCAAGUGAAGGCGGGGGUUGUUACUGUAUCUUCUUGGCACAUGGGCCAGCUGAACCAAAACCCCCAACGACACUGCCGUUAUACCUCCCCCCAAUCGUCAAACAGAAGGCAAGGAGGAGCCGAAGGAAUUGUACAAUCUCUAUAUGAAGACAAAGGAGUGCAUGCAAGGAUUUAUUUUUGCUAGUUUUGUUUAGAUCAGAUGCCAAAUGAGGUUUCUAGGUCAACAUGGAUGGCCAAUCAAGUCAAUGGAAAAGAUGUCAGCGCUGCCUUUUUGGCAUGUAAUUCUCAUGAUGCAAACCCGUAAAGCACAAAUGCCACAUAGAUCUCAUAUUGCUUCUUGCAAAUGCUUUAGGGGGAAUUGCACUUUUUUUUUUACAUUUUGCUUAUUAAUCACAAUCCUUAUGUGAGACAGGAACACGUCUUUCUCUUUUCUGUGUGUUCUAAAUGGUGAAAAACCUCUAGCAAGAGGUGUGGAUUCACCUAUUUAGCCUAUAAAGCCCGCUAAAAAACUAGCAACGUUUUACAUGCAUGCUGUAAGUAUUAUGUAAUGUUGUAACACUGGCACAUUGAUGACAACAUGUAACAUUUACAAUAUUUUGCCCAUUUUAAAAAUUACCGGAACUUCUUUCCCGGGUGCGUUCGCAGAGCGCAUAACAAUCGCGGCUUCCGUCAACAACAUCAGGAGCUGUUACUGGUACUGUUGUGUUUGCUGUUGUUGUUUUUGUCUCUCUGUCUAAUCCCUCUCUUGUCCCCACAAUUUCCCCCUCUGUCUUCUUUUUUCUCUCUUUCUAUCCCCUCCUGCUCCAGCCCGGCUGCACCAAAUGAUAUUAUAAAUACAUUUAAUAAAGUCAAAUACAAAUAAGGCAACAAGAGAAGUAUCCUACACUUCUCUUUUGUAAAGUAAGUCUGAACAGCUGAUAUGGGCAUCUACAUUAACUAUAUGAUUUGCCUGAGGAGCUGGACAGGACAAACAAAUAAAAAAACAUCAGGAGCACUUUUUGUGUUUGCCACUACUAAUCAUGGCAGACUUUGAGAGACGACGACCACUUUACUGAAUAUGCGGGGGAGGAGCUUAAAGUGUGUCCAAAGUGCGGCCCGCAGCUACGUUUUUGCAAGCUCAUGGCACAUUUUAAAAAUACUAUUACUAAGAAGAAAAACAAACCUAAGUGAAAUGAAAGAACAAACGUAAUGUAACAAGAAAAAGUUGAAAUGUUGAUGCUAACACAAAGCUAACACUCACUCUUUGUUUUCUUUAAAAAAAAAAUCCAUAUAUUGUUUGAAUAUUUAAAACCUUAGAUUACAUUUGAUUUUUCAUUUUGUGGCCCUCAGUGGAAAACGUUUAAACAACCCUGUUUUACAAGCUGGAUGUUAAGCAGUUCCAGCUAUAGUGAAGCACGAAGCCGUUGUCCUACCAUUAGCAUUCAGCACGAGUGCUAUACGCUUAAUCGAAAACAUACUCAGUUACUUACAAUAUCUGCUGUCAUCAUGUCAACUGAUGGGAUGGUUGUAUCUUUCAGCACAAUACUUCAUCAGCAUAGUCCUCAAGUAAAAAAACAUUUAGUUUUCUAAGCGUCAUUUUCGGGUCUAAGUUGAGAGACGCUAUCCACUAAAUUAGUCGGUCUGGAGUUUUAACUGGUAGCGUGUAGAAUCUUAAAGUGGACCAACUUCUCGUCUUGUGGUCACAACCAUUUACUAUACUAUAAGCUCGUAUUAACUUUUUAAAAAAACCUCGGAGGUAAUUCAGCACCAGUAGUAGUUAGCUAAUGGCGGGAGGAGCAGUAUGAGUGUAUGUGUUACUACGCCAGAAAAGUAGUUCCUUGACAAUACAAUAAUCAUUUCGCUAUAGCUUGUUUAAUGCAGGUCACAGCAUGUAAAUUGACCAUUGUUGCCAGGUUUAUAUGUUUCUGUUAGAGCGCUGUAUAGAUGGAAUAGAUGAAUCUCCAUUACAUGCAUUGUUAGCCGCCUCUUGCCAACAUUUUUUUAAUAUUUAGAAUGCACAGAAAAGAGAAAGAUGUGAUGAUGGGAAAAAUAUCCCCAAAAAUGCAGUUCCCCUUUCAGGCCAAAAUAUAGCUAAGCCAUGCUGUGUGCGCGUGUCGAUAUAUGGUAGGUCUUUAUUGCCAUUGCACAAGUACUACGAAAUUUUGUUUUCAGCACAAACCGUUCAAGUUUAUGUAACGAAAUUUCGUUCUUAUCUGUGUUGUAAAGUUCAAAUUUGAAUGGCAAUAAAAAGGAAGUCUAAGAUUAGACCAGGGGUCGGCAACCCGCGGCUCCGGAGCCGCAUGCGGCUCCUUGACCACUCUGAUGCGGCUCAGCUACAUACAUGCCGACCCCCCCGAUUUUCCCAGGAGAUUUAUGGAUCUCAGUGUCCCUCAUAGAUUACUCCCAGGGAAAAAAUAAUCCUAUUUACACUCUAAUUACUAAAUAAAGGGCGUGCCCUAAUUGCACUGCUGUAAUUGUCCUCUAUAGCAUUUACAUACAGCGUGCCAGUACAGCCGCAUGUUGUUAUUACUUGCACACACAGGAGACAGCAAAGCAUACUUAGUCAUCAGCCACACAGCUUACACUGACGGUAGCCGUAUCAAACAACUUUAACAUUGUUACGUUACAAAUAUGCGCCACACUGUGAACCCACACCAAAAAAGAAUGAAAAACACAUUUCUGGAGAACAUCCCACCGUAACACAACAUAAACACAACACAACCAUUACCCAGAAUCCCAUGCAGCCCUAACUCUUCCGGUCUACAUUAUACACCCCCGCUACCACCAAAUCC